UUAUCAGUUGUGGAGAUCCAGGAGUCCCAGCCAAUGGCAUGAGAUACGGUGAUGAUUAUGUUGUUGGACAAAAUGUUACUUACAUGUGCCAACCUGGUUAUACAAUGGACUCAAAUAGCUCCUUAAUUCGCACUUGUACUAGCAAUGGCACAUGGAGUGGAAUAAUCCCAACAUGCAAAGCUGUUACCUGCCCAACUCCUCCGCAGAUCUCUAAUGGAAGGUUGGAAGGAACAAACUUGGACUGGGGAUUUAGCAUUAGCUAUGUCUGCUCUCCAGGAUAUGAACUCUCUUUUCCAGCUCUUUUGACUUGCGUUGGGAAUGGAACAUGGAGUGGUGAAGUACCUCAGUGCUUGCCAAAGUUUUGUGGUGACCCUGGAAUACCUGCUCAAGGGAAAAGAGAAGGCAAAAGCUUCAUCUAUCAGUCAGAAGUCUCUUUCAGCUGCAAUCCUCCUUUUAUUUUGGUUGGCUCCAGCACUAGGAUUUGCCAAGCAGAUGGCACAUGGAGUGGUUCUUCUCCUCGAUGCAUAGAACCUACUCGCACAGCAUGUGAAAAUCCAGGAGUCCCAAGGCAUGGGUCACAAAACAACACAUUUGGUUAUCAGGUGGGAAAUAUUGUUCAAUUUCAGUGUAAAAAAGGACACCUUCUCCAUGGCUCAACAACACGAACUUGCCUUCCUGAUCUUACAUGGAGUGGAAUCCAGCCAGAAUGUAUACCUCACAGCUGUAAACAACCAGAAACACCAACUCAUGCUAAUGUUGCAGGAAUGGAUCUUCCCUCACUUGGUUAUACAUUGAUUUACACUUGUCAACCAGGCUUCUUCCUGGCGGGAGGAUCAGAGCAUAGAGCCUGUAGGUCUGAUGGCACAUGGACUGGGAAAGUUCCAGUUUGUGAAG